UGGCAGUGAGCAUGAGGUCCUUGUUUUUUUAAAGGUCCCACUGAAGUUUCUUCGUUCGAAAAGUUGAAUUCUUGUUCCAAUAUUUCGUGUGAUGUCACUGAUGAUGUCAUCGAUGAUGCAAGAUGUUUGGUGGAUGUAUCAAACAUGACAGCGGGAUGCCAAAUGUUUGAGGAAGGAAUUUAUAUUUGCGGAACUUCAUCUGUUUGGUUUGUUACUUUGACAACUUGUUCUUGUUCUGUUGUUCAUCAUGACUAUGCAGAUUUGUCGUUACUGGAUGGGGGUUUGUUUUGGAUUGUAAAUAAUUCAAAGUUAUUUCUACGAAACAUGUCGGUUGUUUCUUCAUAUUCAUCGUCAACGAACAACCCAAAUAUAGUUUGUCCCAUGCUAAUCAACGAGUUGCCAUCGGUUACGGAUGUUCGUUCUAAUUCAAUUGUGUUCAAUGUAUCGGAUAUUAUGACAUCACAACCCAACCAUUGUGUUUCAUCUACCUCAGUUUAUUCGUUUCUAUACAAACAAACCAACUCAAACUACAUUGAACAGUCAACAACAUUAUUCUCAUUCACGGCAACUUUAAUCGGUUUGAACCCAAACGUGAAUUACGAGGUUAAAUUCACGAUACAUUGUUUUUAUGCUGACUCAUCUUCGCAAGUGAUGUCACUUCCUGUUUAUAUCACCACCAAGUGUAAAGCACCUCACCCCCCCUCGCAACUUGAAUGUCACCCCCGAUCCCCCCAAUUGUUGUCGCUAUCAUGGUCCCCCCGAACCAACCAAGUAUUGAUGAAUAUCACAUAUCAAGUAACUUCACCUGAUGGGAUGGUUCAUUAUGAUGUCAACAAUGCCAGAGUGUUCGAACACCAAACAACAAUGGGCGGGACGUACACGGUUGGAUCCACCAUCGUUGGUUGCAACACCUCCAGCACAUCCAGCAUAACAUGCCGACCUUACACGAUCCACCCAAUCAAUGUUCGAGCUACUACAAGUGACUCCAUCACAGUUGGUUGGGAACAAUAUCGACCCGGGGUGGUACAGAUCGUCGUUUCAUGGAAAUUACUGUCGAAUGUUCUGGGUAAUAAUUGGAUAGAUAGUUUGCCACUGGGUGGCAGCGCAACCAUGGAUACGAUCACAGACCUCAUGUCAGGCACCGGGUACGCGAUGCGCGCCACUGUUGUGUUUCCAUCAGGUGCAUCGUCGAUCACUGAUAUUCUCUCGGUACAAACAAGAAGGGGAACCCCCAACGCCCCCACUAACCCCACCAUUGAGGGGGUUACCCCGUACGGGGUGUUGACAUGGCAACCACCUGACACCUCGACAAAUAUUCUCGAGUAUUCUAUUGAAGCAAGGAACCGCACCCCACCAUCCAGUCACCGUCGGUUGUUCGGGGUUUGGAAGAUUGUGAAGAACGUGAGCGUUAACGGGAAACGUGAAUGGAUGAUUGGAGGCCUCACACAGAACGUGUGGUUUCAAUUCAGGGUUUUUGCUCGAAACAACGUUGGUCGAGGAGACGCAAGCCUCACUACCGCCCCCUACCUAUUUACACUGCCAGCUAGUGACAGCAGGUUUCGUUGGAUGGUGAUUGGGUCCUCGGUUGGAAGUUUCAUCUUCGUUUCCAUCAUCAUAUUCAUCAUUGCAUGUUGGCGAUGUCGUGUUUUACGACGAAGGAAGAAGAAGUUGCGUCAUCUUCGUGACAUCACCACGAUCCGUAUCGACUCCGGGAUGGACGUCGAACUCGCUCGUGUGCGUCACAUGACCAACCUUGCGAUGGCCGCAGCCAACCACGAGGGAAGGAUCAACCUCCCAACAGAUUACCGCGAUCGUCUCCCUAUUUACCCUCGCGACCAACUCAAACUAGGGAUGCUGAUCGGAAGUGGGGCGUUUGGUGAGGUUUACAAAGGAACAGCUGCGGGCAUUAGUGGGGGGGAGGGGGAGGCAUCGGUGGCCGUUAAAACAUUGAAAGACGGGGCGAGUGAGAAUGAAAAGAUGGAGUUUCUGAUGGAAGCUUACUUCAUGAGUUUGUUUGAUCAUCGCAACAUCAUAUCAUUGUUGGGAGUUUGUUUGGACAACGAACCCCAGUUCCUGAUAUUGGAGUUGAUGGAGGGAGGAGAUUUGCUUAAGUACCUGAGACACGCUCGUCCUACACAGAUGAUGUCAUCAAAACUAUCGUUCCUCGAUUUGAUUGACAUAUGUUUGGACCUAAGCGCGGGGUGUAAAUACUUGGAGAGUCAACAUUUCAUUCAUAGGGACCUCGCUGCAAGGAAUUGUUUGGUUUCGUCGAAAGAUUACCAAUGUCGCCAUCGUGUGGUGAAGAUUGGUGACUUUGGAUUGGCCCGAGAUAUUUAUCGGAACGAUUAUUAUUUAAAGGAGGGGGAGGGGUUGUUGCCCGUCCGCUGGAUGGCACCAGAGAGCUUAAUGAUGAAACUGUAUACCGUUCAAAGUGAUGUGUGGUCGUUUGGAGUUUUGUUAUGGGAGGUGAUGACAUUCGGUCAACAACCUUACCCAGAGUUCACUAAUACUGAGGUCAUCCACUUUGUAAAGGAGGGGGGAAGGUUGGAGCAACCUCAUGGAUGUCCUGAACCAUUAUACGAAGUGAUGAGGGAAUGCUGGGAAGUUGAACCGAGGGAUCGACCGUCGUUCAAUGAUGUGUUGGUGGUUUUGCAGGAGUGUAAGGGCACAUGCUCCCCGAACACCAUCCCCAUCGACCCCCCAUCAACCUCCAGCAUCAAUUACUCCUUGAUGUCGCCGAGCACGGACGAAGGUUUCGUUAACGGAGGUUUCACCUCAAGCGACGAGAACAUUGUAUCAUCAUGUUACGCUGAACUAAGAAUCCCCCCGCCAACCAACCAGCCCAAUGUUUCAACACACGAGACCUCCCAACUUAACUACGCUCAACUUGGUUUCUCACCAAGUCGACAAGUAAGCACGAAGAAUCCAACCAGCAGCGAAACAUCAAGCCAUUACAACGAACUCCCGAUCCACAAAACAAACGUGGUUGUGUCGAAUCUUCUUAACACGAACCAAUACGUGAUGAGCCCCAAGUUAAAACACGAAGCUACCUUGGACGAUGGAAGGAACAGCAACGAACAAUUUGUUUGUGAAACUUCUUACAAUAAUCUUAACUAUCGGUGUGAUGAUGAAGUAACGAACCCUGCGUGUGAAACAACUCAAAGUCAUAAUGUCAUCACUUAUCUAUAAACUUGGUCAGUGUAAAAGAGGUUACUAUCCACCAAGCUACUGUCUGAAACAUCUGCUGAUCAUUAGUUUAGUAUCCAGACAGUAACUUGGUCUAUCAUCAGUGUAAAAGAGGUUACUAUCCACCAAGUUACUUUUUACCUACACUACAUACGUACCAUAUAAGUUACUUUGCAAGACCUUGCACUUUACAACAUCAUGCGUUUUAUUAAAUGAUCAUUUUAUUAAUUGCACAAA